CCCUAGCGAUCCAUCCCAUGCACAACACAAACUCCAUUCGUGUUUCUUUCUUCCUUGUGCGCGGAUGUGGAUUGUGGUGUGUGCUUUGCAUUACAAUUAUGACGAGGAGAACCGGAUAGAUUUCCUUUUCGUCGUUUUCCACGUAAAGAUUUUCGCGUGUUGUGUUGUUCAGUUUGUGUGUUACAAAAAUACAGUUACAACGAGCAGAUGAGAAUCGUCUCCUGCUGGCACAACCGCCCAGGAACGUGGCGCCUCCGACGUGUGAUCGUUUAUUUCUUCUGACGGGUUAUGCUAAAACGACCACAACAAAAGCGCAAUCACAGAAGUGAAGAUCAAACACGCAUUGCUAGUGAUUGGAGUGAAAGUGAUCAAAUCUCGAGCACACGUUCACGGUCUUUGAUUUCAAUUGAAGUUGAAGAAUAAACUCGUGGUUUAUGUUGUUGCCUCUACCGUUGUGGCAUUGAAGAAUAAGUGCUGCCCAUCUACUGCUGAAUAUUCAUUAUGUGGGCGAGCGGAGCAUCUCUAUGCAGCUGUGUGAUCAAGUGCCUGUGAAUAUUUAAAAAUUUGCAUAAUCUUGACGCGUUUUGGUCGGUUGUUUUCAGAGUUCUCGAAGCGAGAAGUGCCUUGGUUUGAUUGUUUGGGCGAUAAAAUAUACUGCUUCGAAUCCUAUCAUCAGUCGUUUUGGAGAUAUGAAAUCUGAUGCCAGCAAAAUGAACAUGAUUUGAAAUUUGGUUGAUAACAAACAUAUCUUCCUGUAAAAGCAAGCUGUUAUCGAUUUUGAAAUAUCACUCGGAACCUCCACUGUCGUAAAGAGAAGGGCACCAAUCCGAAACAUCUUCCGUGUGAAAAUCACAUCAACGCGUACCUUCCCUCAAUCUUUCGUCGUCGUCGUCAAUUUGCGACGACGAUUUCCUUAUUACAACAGCAACAGGCAUCUCAAGACCGGUCCAUAGUGGAGAAGAAACUGCAAAGCAGUAAAAUGGCCAGCACUGGCGAUAUUUGGCUGCAGUGGUUUUCUUGUUGCUUCCAGCAGCCGCAGAGCCCGAGGCGACGCCGGCAUCACCAGCGGCUGCGGAUAGACCGAUCGAUGAUCGGAAAUCCCACCAACUUUGUGCACACAGGCCAUAUCGGAUCGAACGACGUGGAGCUUACAACGAAUCAUCUCUCGGCGAUCCAGAACCAGAUGCAGAGUAAAGGCGGCUACGAAACGAACUCGCUGAGAUUGCAGGCCUGCUGAUGAAUAACCAGUCCCGUGUAUUUAUUCCUAGUUUGUAAGGUUAUCAAUAUUCAGAACCCCGACACCGUAGCGGAAAAAUGGGCAAACAUAUUAAGUCCUAAUUUCACGAAGGGGAAGGAGGCAUAACAAUGAGCUACGAGGAGUAGAUAAGCAGAGCAGAACGACGUGUUUACGCGCCUAUGCGAAGAUUCAUCAUCAAAACUCACUGAUACUUGGAGCGAAACUAUGUUCGUUGUGUCGAUCCUUCCAAUUUGAAGACAAUAGAGAUAACAGUAAUUAGCGAACUACCUAUAGAACCCAACUACUAUAAAUUAUCGUUAAUAUACUCCGGCCAUUGCGAUGAGAGAAGAACCGACUUGCUCGAGCGUGUACGUUUGGGAAAUGAUAGUUGACAUUAGUUUUAUCCAAUAAACAAAUAAAGAAAAUCAAACAAUAAGAGGUGCUCCACGGUAAUUGUUUAGAAUAAAAGUAAUGAAUGCAAUGAAUGAAACUAAUAACUCUCCAGCGUGCGUGUGUAUAUUGUUGUAUAUAGUUCCUCAGAUGAAUAUCAGUUAAUGCUGUACUAGAUUUAUGAUCACACUUAUGGUUUUUUACACCAACCGUACACUUGGUGUACGCAUCUAUGUUAAUUCUCUCGUAUGCCUUACAUUUAUAAUGUUACUAAAAAUAUACAAUCUACGUACAGUAAAAGCACAUAUUUUAAGCGGAACCGUUUGAUAUCAAUAUUUAGAUAAUAACAAAGGGGUAUGAUGUUGAAUGAUCGAUUUAAAGUCAA